GGUGGGGCUCGCCUCCUCCGCCUCCUCCGCCGCAGGGGCUGGCGCUCAGCUCCCGGCUCUGCUGCCUGCCGCCGGGCUUUACUGGGCUGGGGUUGCCGUCCGGCUCCUGGAGCGAGCCUUUCCGGCUGAGGAGGCAGUGCGUUAAUUUGGGCGCGCCCCAGGCGGGGAGGUGCCUCCUGGCGUUCACCAAGAACGGGGCGGGAGGGGCCGGGCUUUUCCUGCGCCCGGGGACCGUGGCGCUGGGACGGCGGAAGCCGCUGCCCGCUAGGGGUCUGGAAUUUCGGGACCCUUGACUGGGUCGAAUGUCAGAGACGGAAGGGGCCUUGGUGAUCCCGUUCACCACCCUCCCCUCCCCCUUACCACUGGUCGGGGAAAUGGAUGCCUGGAGAGCGGAAAUCCGGUUGUCAAAAUUGACUCCAGAAGAGAACCUAACAGACAAGUGAAAAUGGAAGAAAUUGAGAAAGUUAUCAAAAAGCUGCCAUCCUCCAGAAUACCAGGUCUACAUGGUGUUUCAGGUUAAAAAAACAUCCUUCAUGAAGAAGAAAGAUCUUAAGCAACAUGAUGGAUUCAGAAGCUCAUGAAAAGAGGCCGCCCAUCCUAGCAUCUUCAAAACAAGAUAUAUCACCUCAUAUUGCCAAUGUUAGUGAAGUGAAGCAUUACUUGUGUGGCUGCUGUGCAGCUUUCAACAAUGUAGCCAUCACGUUUCCCAUUCAGAAGGUCCUCUUUAGGCAACAGCUGUAUGGCAUCAAAACCCGGGAUGCCGUACUUCAGUUGAGGAGAGAUGGAUUUCGAAACUUGUAUCGCGGAAUCCUUCCCCCAUUAAUGCAGAAGACAACCACACUGGCACUUAUGUUUGGUCUUUAUGAGGACUUAUCUUGCCUUCUCCGUAAGCAUGUCAGUACCCCAGAGUUUGCAACCCGUAGCAUGGCAGCAGCACUCGCAGGGACAACAGAAGCGAUCUUCACUCCAUUGGAAAGAGUUCAGACAUUGCUUCAAGACCACAAGCAUCAUGACAAAUUUACAAACACUUACCAGGCUUUCAAGGCACUGAAAUGCCAUGGAAUUAGAGAGUAUUAUCGAGGCUUGGUGCCCAUUCUUUUCCGUAACGGAUUCAGCAAUGUCCUUUUUUUUGGCCUUCGAGGUCCCAUCAAGGAGCACCUGCCCACGGCGACGACUCACAGUGCUCAUUUGGUCAAUGAUUUUAUCUGCGGAGGCCUUUUGGGUGCCAUGUUGGGAAUCUUGUUUUUUCCAGUUAAUGUUGUAAAAACUCGCAUGCAGUCUCAGAUUGGUGGGGAAUUUCAGUCUUUCCCCAAGGUUUUCCAAAAAAUCUGGCUCGAAAGGGACAGGAAAUUGACAAAUCUUUUCAGAGGUGCCCAUCUGAAUUACCAUCGGUCCCUCAUCUCUUGGGGCAUAAUUAAUGCGACUUAUGAAUUCCUGUUAAAGAUUAUAUGAAAGAAAUUAGUUGAGUGCCAUUUAUCAACUGAAUAGACCUAAAAAGAAUGCAGUUUGGCAUCGUUCCUAAUUGGCCAAGUACAAGUUGGUGUCAUAAGUUUAGGGCACAAUGAAUUAUGGGCAAAGCUGUUUUCCUUAAGCACCAACAAAUGCAGAAUAAAAGAUUUCAGUAGGAAAUUCUAAGGGUUUUUUUGGGUUUGUUUGUAUUUUUAAAAAAUCAUUAUCUGAGAACUUUAGGCUAAUUGCCAGGUUAAUAGCUGUCUAGUUGAUGGCUUUUGACAAGGAAACUAACAGACAAGAUAUGAUUCUUUUUUCCAAAAGUCUUCUGUGUCUAAACAUAAGUGGCCAUGACCAGCCAGAGAAAAGACUCUUAAGAGUCCCAUGAAUUCUCAGGCUUACUUCUAUUACUCCAUUUCUUGCUUCUCUGCUCUUAGGAGGAGUUGCAAAGGCAGUUUUUGUUAACUUAAGCAUAUCCGUGGUAGGACAGAGGGGCAGAAGAGAGAUGAAAAACAGAUGAUUAUUUGUAGGCUUUUCAUGAUAAGUUGUGUUUGUUUUGAAACUAAGCACCUGUUGGGAUGGUCAUUAUCCAAGCAACUAAUGAAAUCUCCCAAAUGGAGAGGUUUUGCUUUCUAGGGUUGAAAGUUUUUCUCUGUAGUUCUAAAUGUGACCAUGAACCUUUCGAAAAUAUUUUUAUGUUAAUUUCUCUCAUUGCAUUGCCAAAAGAUGACGGGACUUAAAUUUUGUUAAUGGUGUUUCAUCCCACUAGGAAGUUUCGUGUUACAGGUAUCUCCCACUUUUCCAGUUUCCUUUAUGCCACUUCACUUUUACAAAAGACCUAUAUCAGUACCUGUCUUCACUAACUGAAAGAAAUCCAAACAGGAUUUUUGCUUUUACGAAAAAAGGUAAUUGCUUCUCACUCUACCCCAUUUCGGCUUAUGAAAGGUUCCACAGGAAUAUGUGGGAAACCUGUAAUUGCAUACAGGUCCAACUCUGUUUAGCUCUGUGUCUUUGAAUUAUUGUUGCCAACUUAGUUAAGAGCUUUGGAGUUGGGGUUUUUUUUUUUUCCUUUGAGUAAUAGUUUGUCCUAUUCAAAUGUCCUGUUUGCGUGAAAUUCCCUUGAGAAAAAAACAACAAAAAUGCUGCUAUAAAGUUUUAUUUUGGAAGUCUCUUAAUAGGAUCUCAGUUUUUUUGGUUUCUAAAUGUUACUUGGAAGGGAAAAAAGAUCUCAGGAUAGCUUUCACCCCACAGUGUUAGCUUUUUUAAUGAAUUUUAUUCAUGGGAAUAGAGACUUCUAUUAGGAUUUUUACAUUUUGGAAACCCAGUUUUAACCAUUUCAUCAUUUAAACAAUAAAACAGUUUGGGGGGAUAAGACCUAAAUAAAAAUAAUCGGAAGGGUUAGCUUGAAAUUCUGGAAAUUGGUAAUAAUUGGGUAGCAUACCUGUCCCUCACCUAACAGACAAGAACUUACUUGUCAAAGGAAUCAGAUUUUAAAAUAAUUUUUUCCAGAUAAGUAAGGCAGAAUGACUCCUACACCAAUUGAAUAACUAAUAUAUGACAUCCUAGAAAAGUGGUUUAUCAAUCUUUAAGUAAUCCACAUCUGUAUAUACUAUGUAGUUAAACUUGUGUCCCAGCAUCUGACACGGCAGAGCACGUAGGUUUCUUAAUACCAGUCUUUCAGCGUUCUGGGUAAUUGCAUGUGAAUACGUGCACAUGCUGACCAAAACAAAACCAGGGUCUCAAUUGGUGGUUUACUCAGUUUCUGGACAGACAGUCCAAAAAAAUGUUUACCUCUCAAUGCAGGGUGGCUGGUCGGAUGGCACGAGUGUCCUUCCAGCUGCAGAGGAUUCGGAGGCGCGGACGAGCGUUUGCCAGGCGGUAAUGAGGCGCAGUAGCUUUACAGCGGUUCUCUUUGACAGCGUUGUGCUGGGAAUGGCAGUUUGUUCUGGAAACCAAGGUGCAGAUGUCAGGAUUUGAGAAAACAAUUUGACACCAAAUAACUGUGAGUAGCAUCCUUUGGCCUAUUGAAUAGAGUCAGAACUUGAAGCGGUUUGAGUUUCAGAAAUGAGUGGCAAAGGCCCUGCGCUGCCUGACCCCUUGUUGCCGUGUAUGUCCCCGAGCACCUUAGCCUGGGGUCGUGCCUGGCCCUGGGAGUGGACUCUGCGGGCCUUCAGAUCCACGGGGCUUCCUUUUGUCUGUACACUCCAUGUAGGUGUUAGAAAUCUUAAGUUCUAAAGCACUUUUGUGAAAUACAAGUGAAGUGAGAAUUCGAAGGAGGGUGCUUUGCUUUCUGCUGUCUCAAACAUGUGGCAUUUAAAAACAAUAAAUAUUUUUAAUGAUUUUAACUCAUAAUAUUUUGGGAUUUUUUUUUUGUCACUUUUUAUAGCUUUUGAAGACCAAACUGCAAAUGCAUUACCAGGGAUGGUUUUGUGUUGUCCUGUGGAUUUCUUAGUUUGACAGAAAACUCAGCAGAACUUACAGUAGCCAACAGCUUUGUCUGAACUCUGAAAUAAGUAAAAAUGUGUUAUUAGUAAGAGAUUCUAACUAUUGCUUUUACCUUCAGUGUGAACUAGUGUGGUAGUAAUUUUGAAAAGACAAACAUUAUUGAAUAACUUUAUCUGGAAAGCUUUAAAAGUGGCCUUUCUGUUACAUACGUGGUACUGACGGCUCAUGAGUGCAGAGCACUUCUUUCUGGUCUUGCCUCCACUACUUCAGGUCUGAUGCCACCAGAAAUCUGUUAUGGAUUCUACAUUUAACAUACUUAGAGUGGUACAAACCCCCAGGACUGCACCACAGAGUAAACACAACCUCCAUAUGGUGGCAAAUGUGUGUGUCUUUGUUUCGUUUGUGGUUGAAGACAAAGGUGAUGUUUUUAUCUCAAUAGUUGAUAUUCAUCUUACUUUAUGGUUCUUUAUAUAAUCACCUGCUGUAUAUUGUGAACUGUGCAAUAAGUCAGAAUUGUAUAUGUAAUCAUCUUUGGAGACCUGAAAUCCCCUGCUUGAGUACAGUGGUAAUACUCAGUUAUAAGGCUGCAAACGUGUAAGGGAGUGAUAACGGGUGGUGCUAGUGGGCCUCAUGGUGGGCCGGUCUUGUUGACCAGCACUGGGUCAUUGUGGGUGAAGUACUGCUGUCAAAGAGGGUGCAGUCAGGAUGGAGCUGAGAUGGGAGAUCACAUUUAAAGAAAGUGUAAGCACUCAGACUUGAUCUCUCUUAAAAUAUCUUUGUUUUCUCACAUGUUUAUAAAUACAUAUCAAAGACUUGAACAGGCGUUCUAAAAUUUGAGGAUUUUUAGUUUUUAAUGCUGUCUUUUUGCCUGAUACUGAAUAUUUGCUUGCCUGAAUGGCUCCCAAAUUGUGGGGAGUCUCUACAUGUUUCCUUUUUUAAAGUUUCAUUAUUAGAAGUGGUUAAGCACACAAAGCUGUUUUUGUUUGAUAUUUUGAGUUUAUUGUGACUGUAUGAGUUUAAAUGCCAUCUGUUAAAUGUUUUAGAAUUAACAUGCUUUUGGUAAUUCUGUUUGGAAUAAAGUUUUUUGUUUGUUUUUUUUUUUAA